CACAGUCAACAUGCAACAAGGGAGGCUGAGCUUCAUUUUCUGUAUGUUAAUAUGUUUUUAAAGACUAAACUUCUUUCCUGUAGAUAUGAACAGUGACAUUCAUACUGUUGUUUUUUUUUCAGUGUUGGUGCUGCUUUGCCAAAGUGGUGUCAAAGCUGUGGAUCUCACCACCUGUGAAGGAGCCACAGCUCAACUCCGCUGUGAUUUAACAUCUCAGAAAAUUGUCUGUGAACUUGACACCGCCAAUCUCCAUUGUGACAAGGGGCGAAUUAAAGUGCUUUCAGCCAAUUAUGGACGUACAAGCCGUACAACCUGCUCCAAUGGAAAACCAGCCAACCAGAUCGCAAAUACUAACUGCAUUCAGGAUUCAUCCCUAGGUGUGCUGGCCAGUCGAUGUGAUGGACAAAAAGAUUGUUCUGUUUCUGUGACUAACACCGUUUUCGGUGAUCCAUGUGGAGGAACUUUCAAAUAUCUGGAUGUGUCCUACAUGUGUAUACCAUCAGGUUCAGUAAUACAGAAACAGACGACUUGUGAGGGAGGCACAAUCGGUAUCAACUGUAACAAUAUGUUUAUUAAAGUGCUUUCUGCCAAUUUUGGACGCUCAAACAGUGCCACCUGCUCUACUGGAAGACCAACUAGUCAGACCUCAAAUACUCAGUGCACUCAGAGUUCAUCCCUUAGUGUGCUUUCCAAUCUGUGUGAUGGAGCGCACACUUGUUCAGUUUCUGCAACUAAUGCAGUUUUUGGGGACCCCUGUGGAGGAACUUACAAAUACAUGAACAUGUCCUACAUUUGUUACCCAAACAAGCAGUAUAUAAGAGUUUGUGCUGCCACUUAUGGGCGUACAGAUGAUGAAACGUGCUCUACUGGAAAAACAGCUGUUCAGAUCUCAAAUGUUCUGUGUGCUCCGAGUUCAUCUCUAAGUGUGGUGGCCACUCGAUGUAAUGGACAAAAAGUUUGUUCCGUUCCUGCAACUAAUGCAGUUUUUGGGGAUCCCUGUGUAGGAACCUACAAAUACCUGGAUGUCUCGUACACCUGUGGCUCAACUUUUUCAUCGUAUCCAGCAUCAUUCAUCUGCACAGUCAACAUGCAACAAGAAAGGCUAAGCCUCAUUUUCUUGUUUGUGCUGCUUUGCCAAAGUGAUGUCAAAGCCACAGACCUCACCACCUGUGAAGGAGACACUGCCCGACUCACCUGUGAUUUAACAUCACGGGUAAUCGCCUGUGAAUCAGACACUGCCAAUCUCCAUUGCGACGAGGGACGCAUUCGAGUGCUUUCUGCCAAUUAUGGACGUACAGACAGUGCAACCUGCUCCAGUGGAAAACCCGCCAACCAGAUCUCAAAUGUUAGCUGCACUCCGGAUUCAUCCCUAGGUGUGCUGGCCAGUCGAUGUGAUGGACAAAAAGAUUGUUCAAUUUCUGCGAGUAACGCAGUUUUUGGUGAUCCAUGUGGAGGAACUUACAAAUAUCUGGAUGUGUCCUACAUCUGUAUACCAUCAGGAGCAAUAAUACAAAGACGGACUACUUGUGAGGGAGACUCAAUCAGUAUCAACUGUAACGAUAUGUUUAUUAAAGUGCUUUCUGCCAAUUAUGGGCGAACAUACAGUGCCACCUGCUCUACUGGAAAACCAGCUGACCAGAUCUCAAAUGUUCAGUGCACUCAGAAUUCAUCCCUAAGUGUGCUGACCAAUCUGUGUGAUGGAGCGCGCACUUGUUCAGUUUCUGCAACUAAUGCAGUUUUUGGGGACCCCUGUGUAGGAACUUACAAAUAUUUGAACAUGGCCUACAUUUGUCACCCCAACCAUCAGUAUAUAAAAGUGUGUGCCGCCACUUAUGGGCGUACAAACAAUGAAACCUGCUCUACUGGAAAACCAGCUGGUCAGAUCUCGAAUGUUCUGUGUGCUCGGAGUUCAUCUCUAAGUGUGGUGGCCACUCGAUGUGAUGGCCAAAAAGCUUGUUCCAUUCCUGCAAGUAACGCAGUUUUUGGAGAUCCCUGUGUAGGAACCUACAAAUACCUGGGUGUGUCUUACACCUGUGGCCCAAACCCAGCAUCUCCGAUCGUCAGAAAUCGUCUACUUGUGUGACCUGUACAGUGAUGUGGACAUCUUGUGGUUCAUUUUUUCAACUGAGAUUUGAGCAUGCUUCAAACAUUGUCAUAGCCUGAUAUUGUUUAAUAUCUGAAAUCAGUGAAUGUUUGUCACAAUUACUUUGAAUCACAAAUUCUGUGCUAAUGUAACCAACUUGGUUCAAUAAAUUGCAUUCAAAUGCAAACUGUUUCAUGUUGUAUACUGUAGAUCUAGUCCACAAUGAUUUUAAAUCACUGCACUUCCCUUUUAGGUUUAUGUGAUUUAGUCCCACACGUUUUAAUUCUCUGAAUGGUAGACACUAUUGUUUUGGCCUUGA